AUGAAAUUCUCUAUCUUAGUUCUUCUGCAGGCUAUCUCAACAGCUCACGCCGCCGUUGUUGAGCGACAAAGUAGCGGCUGUACUGCAUCUGCGCCAGGCUUUGCUUCACUAAACGGCGGAACUACUGGCGGAGCGGGUGGCACAACAGUAACAGUCACUACCCAAGCUGACCUCGAAAAGUAUGCCAGUGCGACAGGCAAGUACGUCAUCAAGGUCAGUGGCCGUAUCACCAUCACGCCAUAUGGAAAGGAGAUCAAAGUCUCUAGCGACAAGACUGUCAUUGGCGUGGGCGCUUCUGGCGAGCUCUACCAAGGCGGUAUUGGCUUGAACGGUGCUAAGAAUGUCAUUAUCCGCAACCUUAAACUUGGCAAUACCAAUCUCAAUGAUGGUGUUGAGAAUGACCGUGACGGUAUCCAGGCCGACACCGUCAGCAACAUUUGGAUCGACCACUGUCUUUUCGAGAAUGGCGGUGAUGGGUUGCUUGAUCUUCGCAAAGACACCACCUACUUCACUGUCUCCAACAACAUCUUCCGCAACCAUGACAAAACGUUUGGCAUUGGUUGGACCGAAAAUGUUUCGGCUCGCGGCACCAUUAACCACAACUGGUUUGACAAAACGAACCAACGCAACCCAAGCGCCGAUAAUCUUGCUCAGGUCCAUCUUUACAAUAACUAUUUGUAUGGCAUUACUUCGUACGGCCACUAUGCCCGAGGAAAAACAAAUGCCAGAGUGGAAAAUGUUUUCUUCGAAAACACGAAGAACCCCCUCACAAAGGACUCUGGUGCAGUUCUCAACGCCUCCGGAAACACUUACAAGAGCUGUACGGGUACCAUUGCUUCAAAUUCAGGCACUGGCUUCACUCCAGGGUACUCGUACACUCUCACUCCAACUGCAGAUGUUCCCGCCUUUGUCAAGGCCAAUGCUGGGCCAAGAGCAUCCGUUUGCUCUUGA